AUGACCUCCAGUAACAUUGCGGAGUCUCUGAACAAUGCACUAUUCGCUGCAAGAGACAGUCCAAUCGUUGCAAUGCUAGAAUUUAUCAGGCGAAUGUUAAGUAGGUGGCUUGAAUGCAGAAGAGAGAAAAUUCAAAAGAUGGAUGGUGACAUUCCAGAAGAAGUUGACAAGUUAAUGAACCUUCAGCUUGAAAAAUCUGCUGUACUAUCGGUUCAAGGCAUUUCUUUGUGGGAGAUUGAAGUGAGUUCUGAGUUUGGUGUACGGCGGCUUGUUGAUCUCCUAAAAAAAACAUGCUCAUGUCUAGAGUUUCAGACAUUGAAAUACCCUUGCCGACAUGCAAUGGCCGCGGCUAGGCUUCGGCAAGUGGAGUACAGUAGUUUGGUUGAUCCAAUUCUUAAGAAAUCAAUUUGGAGUGCAACAGUUUGUGGCAAAAUCCUACCAGUGCCUGACCCUGACGACAUUCGUAUCCCAGCAGAGGUGCGUGACCUGAAUAUUAUGCCACCUAAGUCAAAACGUCAAUCAGGAAGGCCUACGACGAAGAGAAAACUUUCAGCAGGAGAGUAUCCUUAG